UCGCAUGAAAUCUGAAGAUCAAUAGGUCAGUCUCCAUCUUCGUCGUUAAAAGCCACAAACUGCGACGAAAUUUAGUCAGAAAUUUUACGUUCAAACUGAUGCGAACAUAUAUCCUCCAAAUUCGCUUUUCAUCAACUGAAUGGAUCUUUUAACGUUUCUGGCGCUGUGCGUCUGCUGUUCAUUGGCUAAUUCUGGCCACCUUGUCCAAGCUGCUCCAGUCGCCGACCGACUACAACAAAUGACAACAGCUAUAGAGCCUUCCUUGAGUGAAGGACUGAUUCAUUUAUCCAACCUAUUUGAUUGUGUUAUGAUCUAUGACGAAAACAUCGGCAAUAGCCAUGACGAUGAAAAUGCCACACUGCUCAUUCGAACGGCUCUUCAAUCAGCAUCGAAUUCGCUCAAUACGACGGAAAGUAUCUCAGCCCAACACUUGCAAAUGUACGAAGAGAACCUCCUUUCUUUUUCUGCUGAUAUCGCUGCAAAAGAAAAACAACUUCUAGUUGAGAAUAUGGAACUGGAACACUUGACGAACGCGAGCAAUUACUGGCAAUCAGAAGCGGAUAAACUGCGACAAGAAAUAGCACAGCUUGACGCCAAGGUGGCCGAAGCCGACCGAAGUGUCCACCAUUCUCAGAGUAGAAUUGACAGGAGAGUGAAGAACAGAUGGAAGUGGAUUACAGCCACAGUGCUUACUGGUGGACUAGCGUCGCCUGGAAUUUAUUUCAACGAGAGAGACAUUAGGAGAUUUGAAAGAGAUCGCGAUGCUUGGAGGUCACAGGCAAACGAACGACGUCAUACACUUCAAGUAGCUGAAAAUAAUCAUCGCGAAAUUGUAAGCCGGCAGAAAGACACCGAACAGUCCAUUCGAAACACACAGACAAGCCUUUCAUCCGCUCGACUCUCGCUGGAGGAACUGCAGAAGGAUUACUUGGUUUUGAGUAGCCUUGGUGCUGAAAUGCGAAACAUUUCCACGUUUUUGUUUUCUCUGAAUGGCGAGUUGAGCGUUGUCCACGGUCAGCAGCAAUUGAUGGUGCUCUUUCAACCCUUGCUCGAGUCCAUUGAUAGUUUAAUUACUUUUUUAGAGAGCAAUGUCAACACGAUAGUUUUGCUAGCUAAUAAUGAGGCCGUGACCAAAAUUCGUGGCUAUCUUUCUUCGUUCCCUGCCAAGGAAGUACCAACUGUUGAGAGCAAUUCCGAUCCCUCUUCCCUUGCACAAGACAAAAUUGAUGACAGGAUUACGAUUCUCGAAUCUGAAUCUGAUUCCAAAAUUAAGCAAUUUCAGCUAGAUUCUGACCCUAAACGAUUUCAAUCCUUGUUUUCCUGAAAUUUUUGACCAAACUAUCAAUCCUCACCCUAAACCUUUCUCUCGUUAGGAACAACGAAGUACAAGAUUAGUAAUACUUAUUCGGAACCUUUCAUUGCAUUCAUUUAAAUUCAGUUUUACUUUUAUUGCGUAGUUUGGCAGAUUGGUUAGCUUGACCGAGUUUGACAGACGAUUUGCAGUAUGAUUUUCCUUACACCGUUUCCAUGAUUUCUAAUGUUCUAACCAUCAAUUAAACAGGUUUUCAUUGCUUGCAAUUUGGUUUAAAUGUACUAGAAACGUCAUUGAUUACAACAAGUCUUUUUAA